UACGUGGAAGGAGAUCUUACAAGAUGGAGUUGAGAACAAUUUUGUACGCUCACGCUAUUUUCAUGUGCUUCGUGGUUCUUAUGAUGAAAAUCGAAUCGAGGACAAGCCUACAAAAUCAGAUCCUUUGGAGGCUUCAAUCUCAUUUUAGACUCCAUAAGCCUUGUAAAGGAGGUAACCUUGUGAAAAUUGCAGUGCAACAAUGCACAGUCUUUGAAAAGAAGAAGCGAUGCGAGGCAAGGUGCAAUGGUUCAAGUACCAAAGACCCCUCAACGAGAUUUGAGUUGUUUCAAAAAGGAGGGAAAAUCUGUAUCCAGUUCAUUCAUAACCAAAACAUUACAUAUACAUUAAAAGUGGUGAAAAACUCCAUGGUCACUUUUGAGGAAGGGCGCUGCGACAGUGUUUCUGAUGACAAUAUUCUGUUUGACGAGACAAGAAUGGGAAGGCUGUAUCAAUAUAAGUACCUAGCUGUUAAUAGGACAAUGUGCUUAGGUGUACUUAAUGACUGUAAUUAUAACCUAGCCCUUAUAAGUACAACAAAUGAUAAUACUGAUGGCCGUUGUUUAUUCAAAAAACACAGAAGUAAGCUUUCAGCUACGAAACGACGCCCAUCAUUUUUUAUAAAAAAAUAAUUUAUAAGAAAAUAUUGAAAUAAAUAUGUUGU